AAAUAUGUAUACAUACGAUUGUGAUUUGCGAUUAUGAAAAAAUUUAUGAUAAAAAUGUCUCCCGUGUGCGCUGUGCCGGAUUGCAAAAGUGGCUCUAACUGCCGCAAAAAGUAUUCAUUAUUUAAAACACCCAAAAAUCUGGAAUUAAGAAAGAAAUGGGAGAAGGCCAUUCCUGGAAUAACAGAAUUAAAACAAUGGCAACUGAUAUGUGAAAAACAUUUUAAAAAUGAAUAUAUAAUAAAAAAGUUCGUUCAAAGAGAUUAUUGUGGGAACAUCAUUUCUGAGAUAAUGCGCCGACCUUAUUUACGAAAGGGCGCGGUUCCAACAAUUUUCAGUAAUUCAAAUGCAUCUUCAAUUAUUGAAGAAAAAGAACAUAAAUUACCUUCAAGUUCAAGUAUAAAUGCUCUUGAAGAAGAACUAUAUCCCAAAGUUAGUAAUGAAAUUGUAGUUAGUAUUAGCGAUACUGAUUUAAUGGAAAUCAGUAGCAAGGAUGAUUCAGAAAUAUUAGUUGAUGAAAAAUAUGUGAAUGAUGAAUUCACACACGAUAAGGACAACUUAAUCCUAAUUAUAAAUUCUAAUGAUGGACAUUUCAUAGAACAUAAUUAUGCAUUAAAUAAUUUUUCAAAAACGGUUGAUAAUGCUUGCACAGAUUCGCUCUUGUUAUCUGCCAAUUGUCACAAUAGAUCUUCUAUUGCAAACACAAAUGCCUUAACUGAUUCUUCGAAUGUUUCUAUAGAAUAUGUUAGUGAAGUUGCUAUCGAUAAUACUAAAACGAAAGUACCAAAAGGUUGGGGUGUUUCUGAGAAAGUUAAAAGAUUUACAAGAUAUUUAUUAUUUACACAUACGAUUACAGAAAUAAAAAAUAACGUUGACGUCCAAGUGCUAGAAAAAUACAUAAUUUUGAAUUGCUCUGAUGGAACAGCGCGUUAUUUCAUACGCGAAAAAGAAAUUAAUAAUGAAAAUACACCGCAGUUUAAUUUAAAAAUUAUUAAUACAAGAAUGUUAGUAGAUGCAAUGACAAACUUUGAGAAAAUGCAUAUUUGCGAAGGACUGGGUUCGAUAGAUUCAAAUUUACUUCGACAGAAUGAUUCGUGUGAGAACAUAUUGAACUGCUGGCGUCAUAGUAAAUGUAUUUUAUUAACAAAAUACAAAAAAUGUGAUUAUUGCAAGAAAUUAAAAAGAAUAAUUAUGCAAAGACGUAUAGAUCAUUGAAAACAGGUAUUACGUAAUCUUCAUUGAAAUGGUUAAAUAAUUGGAAGUAAGGCGAUAUAGAUAACAAAAUAAAAGAUGAUGAAUUUUUAACUUGGACAUUUUUAACUUGCUCACAAUUUAUGACUUUCCCUUAAGUUUACAAUAAAUCUGUGCAUCUAAUUUAGAGGUAAAUAUCUACUCAUUUAUAUAAAUAACUUCCUAGUAUAACUAUAAUUGUAAUUAAUAAACAUUUCGAUUUAGUGGAAUGUACGUAAAAGCCUAUUGAAGAAGAAAUAUAAGAUUUUAUUAAAAAGUUAUAGUUCACUCAUACCAGUAAAAAAUAAUAUUGAACCUUGUAAUUUACAGAAAUUUGUCGGUAUUAUACGCCAAGCUGCCGGUUACGAUGAUCACCAUUGUUGCUCAGCUUUUCUUUCCUUUUAUGAAAUAUUGUCAGUUUAUCAUAUUUUAGCACCUGAGCAACAAUUAUAUGAAGAACGAAGAAGAUACACCAAAAAUCCUGAUAACUACUAAAGUCUUGAAAAGUUUACAUGACUUCUUACUCAGCAAAAUUAUUAUUAAAAAA